AUUGUGAAAGUGGUAGAAGAGAAUUUAGCAAAUUCAAUCGCCAAUUUGAGACAGGCGGUUGACCAUCGAUCUCGCUUGGAAAGCUCCGAUCAGAUCGUGAAAGUAGUAGAAGAGAAUUUAGCAAAUUCAAUCGCCAAUUUGAGACAGACGGCUGACCAUCGACCUCGCUUGGAAAAUUUCAUCAGCUCUGAUCAGAUCGUGAAAGUGGUAGAAGAGAAUCUAGCAAAUUCAAUAGCCAAUUUGAGACAUGCGGCUGACCAUCGAUCUUGCUUGGAAAGGUGGGAGCUAGCUUUCAUGGAUUUGAUUUUAUCCAAGUUUCAUCAGCUCCGAUCAGUUCUCAAAAUAAAAAUCUUUCUACAAACUUCCAAGUUUUUAAAAACAGAAAUAAUUUUUCAAAUUGCCAUAAAAUUGGCAUGGGUUUCUCAGAUCGUGAAAAUGGUAGAAGAGAAUUUAGCAAAUUCAAUCACCAAUUUGAGACAGGCGACUCACCAUCGAUCUCGCUUGGAAAGGUGGAAGCAAACUUUCAUGAAUUUGAUUUUAUCCAAGUUUCAUCAGCUCCGAUCAGAUCGUGAAAGUGGUAGAAGAGAAUUUAGCAAAUUCAAUCGCCAAUUUGAGACAGGCGGCUUGACCAUCAAUCUCGCUUGGAAAGAGAAGGCACAGAAAAUCCUAAUCGUCCGGUGCCAGAGUCAUGUGGAUUUCAAAUCAAUAAAUCCUGAAGAACCUAAAAUGAGAGAUGGACUUAGAUAUGCUAACAACAAAGAGCAGAAAACAAAGAUGGUGCAAAUUAAACAGAAAUCUAGAAGAUGCAUAUGCUUCAAAGGUGAAGAUUGUUCGCAAAAGCUGAGACAUUUUGUGAUACCACAAGAGCGAUGUGCUUUUGUGGAGAAGGCACAGAAAAUCCUAAUCGUCCGGUGCCAGAGUCAUGUGGAUUUCAAAUCAAUAAAUCCUGAAGAACCUAAAAUGAGAGAUUGA